AUGACUGGAAAAGCACAAAACAAUAAGUUACAUGAAGUUCAGAACAGAGUUAGUCAUUUCGAGGCAUUCUUGGCCUUUUUGAUUUGGGAAGUUUUUACCAUUAUCUACUGGCAGUACCAUUGUGCAUAUACUGGUCCACUUGCUGAUAUCUCAAGGACGCCAUCCAUUUGCUGCUCUAAAGCUUUUGCAAGAGAAGGUGCCAAAGUCAUAGCCACAGAUGUCAAUGAGUCCAAACUGCAGGAACUGGAAAAGUACCCAGGUAUUCAAACGCGGGUCCUUGAUGUCACAAAGAAGAAACAAAUUGAUCAGUUUGCCAAUGAAGUCGAGAGAGUUGAUGUUCUCUUUAAUGUUGCUGGUUUUGUGCAUCACGGAACCAUCCUGGACUGUGAAGAGAAAGACUGGGACUUCUCAAUGAAUCUCAACGUCCGCAGCAUGUACCUGAUGAUCAAGGCAUUUCUUCCCAAAAUGCUUGCUCAGAAAUCUGGCAACAUUAUCAACAUGUCCUCUGUGGCUUCCAGCAUCAAAGGAGUCGUGAACAGAUGUGUGUACAGCACCACCAAGGCCGCUGUGAUUGGCCUCACGAAGGCGGUGGCUGCAGACUUCAUCCAGCAGGGUAUCAGGUGCAACUGUGUGUGUCCAGGAACUGUGGAUACCCCAUCUCUGCAAGAAAGAAUACAAGCCCGGCCAAAUCCUGAAGAGGCACUGAGCGAUUUUCUGAAGAGACAGAAGACUGGAAGGUUUGCAACUGCAGAAGAAAUAGCCCUGCUGUGCGUGUAUUUGGCUUCCGAUGAAUCUGCCUACGUAACAGGUAACCCUGUCAUCAUCGAUGGAGGCUGGAGCCUGUGACUUCAGUUCUCCUCGCUGGGAGGAGGCCCUUCCUAUCCACUGUGAGCCUGGUUCUGAAGAAUACUCACCCGUCAUGUCUUUCUUGUUAAUGGUACAGGAAUGAAAACAAGGCCUUCAUAAUGAUGUCAUUGUUCAUGAGUCUGGUUCUUUAAAUAUGUUAAUUGCUCUCUAAUCUCUUCUACAUUCAUUGUAGAUGACAUCAAAGAUAAUGAACUCACUGCAAAUGAAUAGUUCUAAAAAUAAACCUCAAUUUGUAAGCAUAUAAAGUAAAAUGUGAAUAUGAAGAAAAAA